ACAAAUAAGUGAAGGUUCAACGACUGAGCCCUCACUCACUUCCUCACUCACUCACUCACUCUGUAUCAGUGUCCAAAAAAGGGGUGUCUUUGUUCAUUGAUUCAACCCACUCCUCAGCGAAAGCAGUAAUCAAGUUUUCCUCUUUCAGAAAUUUUCCGGCUAAGCAAUGGCAUCUGUUGCCUCCUCUCACUUUGUUUCAAGAGGCGCGCGCCUCAAUUGCGCUGCUCCAGAAAGUAGAGCAAAUUUGGCACAGAUUGACUUAAAAACCCGUCUCACCACUCACAAUGGUUUGAGAUCAUUGAACAAGGGAGACAUGUUAAAGUUGAAGUCCAAUGCAAAAUCAAUGACGGUAAGGAGCAAAGGACACAUGGCACAGAAUGAUGUGCCUUCAAGAGCUAUUAUACGUGGAAUGAACAUCGCGUUUGUUUCAACUGAAUGUGAUAAAUGGUGCAAAACUGGUGGCCUUGGUGAUGUUGUUGGUGGUCUUCCACCAGCUUUGGCUAAAAGAGGUCACAGAGUCAUGACAAUCGUCCCACGGUAUGACCAAUACAAAGAUGCAUGGGACACCAGUGUGCUCGUUGAGUUGAAAGUUGGGGAUACGCUUUUCACUGUCCGUUUCUUCCAUUGUCAUAAAAGGGGAGUAGACCGUAUUUUUGUGGACCAUCCGAUAUUCCUUGAGAAGGUUAUGGGCAAAACUGGUUCCAAGCUUUAUGGUCCAUCAGCUGGAUCGGAUUAUGAUGACAACCAGAUUCGUUUCAGCUUGCUUUGCCAGGCUGCUUUGGAAGCCCCAAGAAUUUUGAAUCUGAACAGCAAUCCAAAAUUCUCUGGCCCAUAUGGGGAGGAUGUUGUCUUCGUUGCCAAUGACUGGCACACAAGUCUUCUUCCAUGCUACCUUAAGUCCGUGUAUCAGUCUAAGGGCAUCUAUCAAAAUGCCAAGGUUGUGUUCUGUAUCCACAACAUAGCUUACCAAGGGAGAUUCGCCUUUUCUGAUUUCUCACUACUCAACCUCCCUGAAGAGUUCAAGGGAUCCUUUGAUUUCAUUGACGGGCAUGUUAAGCCUGUUAAAGGAAGGAAAAUCAAUUGGAUGAAAGCUGGGAUCUUGGAGUCUGACAGAGUAGUGACUGUCAGUCCUCAUUAUGCCCAGGAAAUCCUCUCAGGUCCUGCAAAAGGUGUUGAGUUGCACAAUGCCUGUCGUACGGCUACUCUUGCUGGAAUCACCAAUGGCACAGAUAUCCAGGACUGGAAUCCGUUGACUGAUGAGUACAUUGGUGUCAACUACGAUAAUACAACGGUGAUGGAUGCAAAACCACUGUUGAAGGAAGCCCUUCAAGCAGAAGUUGGGUUACCAAUUGAUCCAAGCAUUCCAGUGAUAGGUUUCAUCGGUAGACUUGAGGAACAGAAAGGUUCUGAUAUUCUUGCUGAAGCAAUUCCAGAAUUCAUUGGAGAGAAUGCUCAAAUUGUUGUCCUGGGAACUGGCAAAAAAUCCAUGGAGAAGCAGCUUGAAGAACUUGAGACCAUGUACCCUGACAAAGCUAGAGGAGUUGCAAAGUUUAACACCCCCUUGGCUCAUAUGAUAAUUGCUGGUGCUGAUUACGUGUUAAUUCCAAGCAGAUUUGAGCCUUGUGGUCUUGUCCAAUUGCAUGCCAUGAACUAUGGAACUGUCCCAAUUGUUGCCUCAACCGGAGGAUUAGUUGACACAGUCAAGGAAGGUUACACUGGAUUCCAGAUGGGAGCUUUCAAUGUGGAUUGUGAAACCAUAGACGAAAGUGAUGUAGCUGCUCUAUCCACAACUGUCAAGAGAGCCCUGAAAACCUACGACACCCCAGCCAUGAAAGAGAUGAUACAGAACUGCAUGGCUCAGGAUGUUUCUUGGAAGGAACCUGCUAAGCUGUGGGAAAAGCUGCUGUUGAGUUUAGAAAUUCCCGGAAGUGAACCCGGUAUUGAUGCAGAGGAAGUUGCUACUCCUGUCAAAGAAAAGAAGGAGGCUGCAACCGUAUGAGCAUUUUAAAAGUUACUGAAGUUACUAACAGUACAUGGUAAUAUUAUGCCUACAUAAAGUACGGGAACAUUUUCGGCGUUCCAUCCUUGUGCCUGGAAUGAUAAUUUGUUGGGUGGCUGAACGAGAAAAUGUAUAGCAGCAUGUUCGAGCAUCUGCAUUUGUAAGGAUGCGUAGUUCAAUGCUAAGAUGCAUGCAAAUAUGCAAUGUAUGUUUGAGCAUCUGCAUGUGUAACUGAUGUAAGAAAUGCGUAGUUGUUAUGCAUCAUAAUAAUAUCAAAAAAAUGGGUGAAAUGGCAAUGUCUGCCUAAAGCAAUAAUAGGUUGUAUAAGGUUUCUUAACCAGUAAGUGAAGCUUUUUAAGAGUUUCCUAUAAUAAAUGCACAUUUUUUUUUCUUUGAGAAAAAGUUUCUUAUAAUGCAUUGUACUA